UAUACGUGAUGGACGAAAAACGAAAAUUUCGUUUCAGAACGCCCCUUGUAUUUGUGUAAAAUACCGUUACUUUUGGCAUUUGCUCGCUUUGUGUCAACUGGUCACACGGCCGCUGCCUCUGCCUACAUAUGCCGUAUUUACAGUUAGUUCGUUUGUCGUCUUUGUCGCGUUCGCAUGCGAGCUUUCGUGUGGAGCUUGAUUUUGUGUUUUUAGAAGUUCAACGAAUUUCUGAUUUUUCGAAGUGCGUGCACACGUACAUAAACAAAAACGUUGUCAAAUAAUUUUUUUCAAGUGCUUGGGUAUGUGAAUGGGUUUAAUAACCGUGAAAAAAACAUAAGUAAAUUGCAGUAUCUGCAGCACUAGUUCCUCUCGUACAGCUGUUGGAAUCAUAAAGUUCAAUUGAAAGCGACCACGAAUAAGCUGCGUCGAGCAUCAGUUAAAAAGCGUAUUCCGAACGGGCUGCAGCAGGACGCGCAACGCCGGGCAGUAGGACAAACGGAGGUCUGGCACAAAUGCGUCUAAUCAACAAAAUCGAAUGUUUGCCGCAACCGCUGAGCGUGAUACGGGCUAACUAGAGUGCGGACAGAGAACCCAUAAUUGGCCCCAGCUGCUGGACAUUCAAUAGCAGGAGCAGUACUUAAAGUCCAAAGCAGUCGCAACCAAGGCCGUCAAAUUGGAAGGAAAACGCCUUUUCACGGCAGUUAACAAGUUUUUAACUGGUUCAACCAUUGCCCGUGAGCUGAGGCAGCUAAUGACGAGGAACGCGCCGCUUAGUGGCGAUGAACCCGACGAAGAGCAGUUGGCGGAGGGCACAGACGACGAGCAGGAGCAGCAGGAGCAGCAGCCGGCUGUUGGCCCAGAACGGCACAAAAACGAGCUGCAUGGCCAGCAGCCAGCGGCAAAGCCACCGCAACGUCGUCAAAGACAACGCAAGAAAGUGAUAACCCAACAGAAACAACAACAGCAGCAGCAGCAACAAAAACAACCACGUGGCGCUAGCAAUGCUGCCUCCGAUGCGGAUACGGACUCCAGUUCUUGCGAGGCGGCCAGCGGCGGCACGACUUCGGGCGCAACGCGGCACAGCUCUCGAGUCAGCUAUGCGCAGCGGAAUCUUGGCGAGAAUGUGGUCUACGAGCAGUAUAACGAUGAAGAUGCAGAUGACUACGACGAGGAGGAGGAAGAGGAGGAGGAGGAGGAGGAGGGGGAGGAGGAUGGCGAGGACUACGACAACUACGAGCAGCUGGCCACGCAGCGUGCACCCUUGAAAGCAGCGCUGAGCGUGCGAGCAACUGCACCAGCUGGCAAGGCUGCAGUAGAUAUGGGCACUGAGACUGGAACAUUGCGGAGCAAGCGCAAAGCGAAAACACGCCAAUUCUCGCAGCGGGCCAGCUCCUAUGCGGUAGAUGCUGGCCAUGGCGAGGCGGAUGCGGAUGCGCUGGACAAGCGUCGUUGCAUCUCGAAAGGACAAAUGCGUGAGUUCCGUGAGGCAUUCCGUCUGUUCGACAAGGAUGGCGACGGCUGCAUAACCAAGGAAGAGCUGGGCACAGUUAUGCGCUCGCUGGGGCAAUUUGCGCGUGUCGAGGAGCUGCAGGAGAUGCUGCAGGAGAUUGAUGUGGACGGUGACGGCAAUGUCAGCUUCGAGGAGUUCGUCGACAUACUCUCCAACAUGACCUACGAGGACAAGUCGGGCCUAUCCUCGGCCGACCAGGAGGAGCGCGAACUUCGCGACGCCUUUCGUGUCUUCGAUAAGCACAAUCGUGGCUACAUAACCGCCUCCGACCUACGUGCCGUGCUGCAGUGCCUGGGCGAGGAUCUCGACGAGGAAGAUAUUGAGGACAUGAUCAAGGAGGUGGAUGUGGAUGGGGAUGGACGCAUUGAUUUUUAUGAGUUUGUACACGCACUGGGUGAGCCGGAGGACUCGCAGGAGAACGAUGACGAGGAGGAGAACACUACAUCACCGCUGCCCACGCCAAAGUCGACGGUCUCGCUGAGCUACGAUUGAGCUUCACAUCGAUAUUCAUAUGGGCGUGAAAAACUUUUCAGAUAUCAAAUGCCAUUUGCUCCUUAUGCACAGCUAAACGAAUUCCAAUGAAUAAUACGCAAGUAAUUUCAAUAAUAAUUAAUAGAAAAAAUUCUAAAAAAAAAAAAAAUACUUUACUUUAUGUGCAUUGGGCCACAGCAUUAAAAAUAUUAAUAUAAUACAAGCAAGCCAAGCAAGCUCAAAUAAAUUUAAUUAUAGUAAUUACAAAGCGAUAAAUAAAUUAAUUAAUAGACUCCUCUCUCUUUGUCACUCUUUUAAAAUUGAACAUUGAAUCAAAAGUAUUUAUAAAUCGAGACAAAUCGAGCACGAAUCCAACUUAAAAACUUAACAAAUAUGAUAUCUUAACUUGAAUCUUUUACUAAAAUUUAAAAAUAUCAUAUUGAAAAUGUUGUUUGGAUCAUACGAAAACGGAUUUUUCAAACCGAAAAACAUACAUAAACAUAUCAAAAUCGCCUCUGAUUAGGUAUUUUCGCUGUAACUACAGAAAGAACAUCAACAGCCAUUCAGUCAAUCACCACCAAUCAUUCAAUCACCCACCAAAAACAAAAACCUAACCACAUCGAAAACUUGCAAAAAAAAAAAAAAUAAACAGAAACGAGUAAUAAAAAUAACAAAAUUGUUGCCCAGUUUUGCGGCGCUUUUACAGAUAUUCAAAAUAGCAACAAAAAUUUAACGUUUAUCCUUUUUGGGCUAAGACUUACAAUAAUGUAUUUAAGCAAUUCUUUUCUUCCAAAUUCAAUAUUAAAUAAAUGCAUAUAAAUAAUACUGAAUACGAAUACGAAUACGAAUACAAUUACGAAUACGAAUACGAAUAUAUAUGUAAUACGACAAAUUUAUUUAGAUUAAUAAUAUGAAUAGCGUCUACAAAUGACAAAACUUUAAUUAAUAUUUAAUGUACACUUUUUAAUUCAAUCGAUAACGAAAUCAAAAUCAAACAAAA